CCAAAGCCCAGGCGCAGAAGGCGAUUGGGGCAAUAUGAGGGGGCGGAACUUGCGGAAGAAAAUGGCGGCCGUCCGAGGGCUAACAGCUGUGGCCCUGAGAGUUGUGACUCCCUGGCCUAGGAGCAGCAGGCUCCUCGCGGCCUCCCGCGGACCCCGGGCGCUUCGGGAAGUGUCGUCCUCUAGCCCAGAAGCUGGCGAAGGACAGAUCCAUCUCACCGACAGCUGCGUCCAGAGGCUUCUGGAAAUCACCGAAGGGUCUGAAUUCCUCAGGCUGGAGGUGGAGGGAGGUGGAUGCUCCGGAUUCCAGUACAAAUUUUCACUGGAUACAGUUAUCAACCCCGACGACAGGCAAGGAGAAAGGGGGUGUUUGAGAAGGGUGGGGCAAGAGUGGUGGUUGACUCUGAUAGCUUGGCCUUCGUCAAAGGGGCCCAUGUGGACUUCAGCCAAGAACUGAUCCGAAGCUCAUUUCAAGUGUUGAACAAUCCUCAAGCGCAGCAAGGUUGCUCUUGUGGAUCAUCCUUCUCUGUCAAACUUUGAUGUGAUGACAAGUGACCCGGAGAUUGCUAUCAUCUGACUGAUCUGAGGAACCUGGGAUUAGAACAAUUCUAGAAGUUUCCUUUCCAUCAUGACCCUCUCUCAAUUUUAUUUUCUCUUAAUCCAGGAUGUUGUUUCACCACUAUUUUCAGAAUGUGAAACUUUUACUCUUUAUUUAAUUUCUCCUACACAGUUGUAAGGCCAAGCCUGUGGAUGCUGUUACCUAAGAUUUAGUAACUGGUUCAAACCAGUAUCAUCUGUAGAGCCUCCAAGGUUCCAGGAGUUACUUCUCUGGCCUUCAGAGCUACUUGUACACGUGUGUAUAGCUAGGUAUAAAACCUUCGUUUUAAAGAAAGUCCUUAUUUACUUGUGUUGUGGAGCAGAAUCACAGAUUGCAUAGCUUGAACACUGUGUUACUAGACCAGAAAGGAUGAGACAGCCAAGUGAAAUGUUAUCUUUUUGUUUU